UUGGAAAACUUGCACGGUGAAAGAAAGACAACGAACAAAACACACAAUGGCGACGGCGGCGACAACGGCAGGCGGAACGGGAUCGGGCGGACCGGCCACCGGCCCGGUAAGCAGCGGGACCGCAGUGGGACGGAAGAAAGACGGUGGUCCGUCCACGAAGUUCUGGGAAAGUUCAGAAACGAUAUCUCAGCUGGAGACGGUGCGGCAGUGGAUCGGAAAGCACUACAAGAAGUACGUCCAGAACGACUCCCCCUCCAGUAAGUCUCUGGCGGGUCUGGUGGUCCAGCUGCUGCAGUUCCAGGAGGACGCGUUUGGACGUAGAGUCAAUAAUCCAGCUCUGACCAAACUUCCUGCAAAGUGUUUCCUGGACUUUAAAGCGGGUGGAGCUCUUUGUCACAUCCUAGGGUCAGUCUAUAAGUUUAAGAGCGAGCAGGGCUGGCGAAGAUUUGACCUGCAGAAUCCAUCCCGCAUGGACAGGAACGUGGAAAUGUUCUUGAACGUGGAGAAGAACUUGGUCCAGAAUAACUGUCUGACUCGACCCACUGUGUUUCUGUCGCCGGACAUGGAGCAGAAACAAUCCAGUAAGCUCAAAGACAUCAUCAAGAGGCACCAGGGCUCCAUCACUGAUGACAAGUCCAAAGCCACCCACCACAUUUAUCCGUCUCCACCCCAACAGGAAGAAGACGAGUGGCUUCGUCCAGUCAUGAGGAAAGACAAACAGGUGUUGGUGCACUGGGGUUUGUCUCCAGACAGCUAUGAUACCUGGGUGUCAGCCAGUGAGGUGGACGGUGAUGUGGAGGAGCCACCAAGCACUGACAGACCAUGGAAGGUUCACGCCAGGUGGGUUUUAGACACUGAUGCUUUCAAUGAGUGGAUGAACGAAGAAGACUACGAGGUGGACGAGAACAAGAAGCCCGUCAGCGUCCGACAGAGGAUUUUUCCCAAAGAAGAGGAGUCUUCCCGUACACCCGAUCGCAAGGAGCGCAAGGCCAACUCUGCGGGGAAGAAGAGGAGGCGCUCACCCUCACCGCCCAGCACUCCUGCUGAGUCCCGCAAGAAGGGAGGAAAGAAGGGGAACCCGGGGCCUCACUGGAAGCGUCGGGGCCACAGAGGCGAAGAGGAGGACACGGAGGAGGACAUGACCAAGGACAUGGACGACUCUUCAGCUGGUGCCAGCAUUGAGGAGGGCAGCAUGUCUAAGAAUGCAACUUCAAAGAAAGACAGUGAGAACACUCCAGUCAAGGGAGGGAAUGUGGCCGACCUGGAUGACAUGGAGGAUGACUCUGUGGUGUCCGGUGGAAAGGACGAGGAGGAACAGGGCAAAGCUGAAAUCAACCGACUGAUGGACGCUGGCGAGGACAAUGUGACUGAGCAGACUCACCACAUCAUAAUCCCCAGCUACAGCGCCUGGUUUGACUACAACUGCAUCCAUGAGAUCGAGAGAAGAGCUCUGCCAGAGUUUUUCAAUGGAAAGAACAAAUCCAAGACUCCAGAGAUAUACCUGGCUUACCGUAACUUCAUGAUCGACACAUAUCGGCUGAACCCUCAGGAGUACCUCACCUCCACCUCCUGUCGCAGGAACUUGACUGGGGACGUCUGCGCCAUCAUGAGAGUUCACGCGUUCUUGGAGCAGUGGGGUUUGGUGAACUACCAGGUGGACUCUGAGAGCCGCCCAUUACCCAUGGGACCUCCACCCACUCCUCACUUCACCGUGCUGGCGGACACACCAUCUGGUCUCAUGCCCCUGAACCACAGACCCCCACCGAUUCCUUCUCAGCAGCCGAUGCCCAACUUUGCAGACAAAGGCAAAGACAAGGCCAUCGACCUGCAGAACUUUGGCCUCCGCACCGACCUCUACAACAAGAAAAAUCUGAAGGGUAAAACAGGUAACUCCACCAGGGAUUGGACGGAGCAGGAGACUCUGCUGCUGCUGGAGGCCCUGGAGAUGUUCAAAGACGACUGGAACAAAGUGUCUGAGCACAUCGGUUCACGCACCCAGGACGAGUGUAUCCUGCACUUCCUGCGGCUGCCCAUUGAGGACCCAUACAUAGAGAGCACUGAGGCGGCCCUGGGCCCUCUGGCCUACCAGCCCAUACCCUUCAGCCAGUCUGGAAACCCAGUCAUGAGCACUGUCGCCUUCCUGGCCUCUGUGGUUGACCCCAGGGUGGCAUCUGCUGCCGCCAGAGCAGCUCUAGAGGAGUUCUCCCGAGUACGUGAGGAGGUGCCAGCUGAGUUGGUGGAGGCUCACGUGAAGAAGGUGCAGGAGGCGGCCAGGAGCACAGGGAAGGUGGACCCCGCCUUCGGCCUGGAGAGCAGUGGCAUUGCAGGCACCGCCCCAGAGGAACCAGAAAAGACUGAAACCAGUGAGACAGAGAAGUUGGAGACGGACUCAGACUCCCAGCAGGCCGAUAAGGCGGAGUUGAAGGACGAGGCGGAGAAGCCCAGUGAGUCUGCAGAGAAGAGCGACAAGAUGGAGUCCACAGACAAGGUGAAGAAGGAAGGGGCGGAGGCGUCGGAGCGCGAGGAGGAGAGUGAAGACGGAGGGGAGUCUAAGACAUCUUCAGCAGACAAAGACAAGGAGGAAGCGAUGGAGACGUCGUCCUCAGAGCAGGAGAAGGAGAAAGAGGAGAAGGCAGCUACAGAGGAGGGAGAUGACAAGAGGAAGAAACUGGAGCAUGACAUUGGAGAAGGAAACAUCGCUACUGCGGCAGCUGCUGCGCUGGCGUCUGCCGCCACCAAGGCCAAGCACCUGGCAGCGGUGGAGGAGAGGAAGAUCAAGUCAUUGGUGGCUCUGCUGGUGGAGACCCAGAUGAAGAAGUUGGAGAUCAAGCUGCGACACUUCGAGGAGCUGGAGACGAUCAUGGACCGAGAGAAAGAGGCUUUGGAGCUUCAGCGGCAGCAGCUGCUGACCGAGCGCCAGGCGUUCCACAUGGAGCAGCUCAAAUACGCCGAGAUGAAGGCAAGGCAGCAGAUGGAGCAGCAAGCCGCCGCUGCCGCUGCCGCCGCUGCAGCCGCUGCCCAGGCUCAAGGACAGGGACAGGCUCCUGGAUCUGGACCCCACUCUGGGCCCCCUCCAUCAGGCAUGCACCCUGGAGGGCCCCCACCACAUCACGGAGCACCACUGCCCCACCAUGGAGGGCCUCCACCCGGUGCCGCCAUGCAUCCCGGAUACCCCCCCAUGGGUCACCACCCCAUGGCCCCCCACCACCCAGGACAGACAGGACCGAUGGGACCGGGUCAGCCGAUGCCGGGACGGAUGAUGGCUGGACCGCCCUCCGCUGGCCCCCCUCCUGGUGGCAUGCCUCCCAUGAUGCCCCCACGCCACCCUGGAGCUCCUAACGGCAUGUACCCCGGACCGCCACCUGCACAGCCCGACGCUGUACCUCCUGUUCCUGUUGGUCCUCCAGUGCCGGCGAGUGGACGAGGGGCCGACAACUGAAACACACACACACACACACACACAAAACUAAUUCUGUCUCUCUGACGGCCUCCGCUCCAUUUGUUUCCUUUAUCAUCAUCUUCAUCACACACAAACACACACUCAGGGGUAACCCAGUACACACAUGCAGACUUCCUCUCAGGGCGCAGCGGCAACGGUCGUCACAGUGACUGAGGUCAUGUAGUAAUAAACACUGUCUGGUCACACAGAAGCUGAGGAGAAAACGACUGGACUCAAACAACAGAAACUCUGUCUCAUCUUUUUCCUCUUUCCAAUGACACUGUAAGCCCCGCCCCCACGCCAACUCUCCAUAACACACACACACACACACACACACACACACAGGUGAUGAUGUGAGCCCCGCCCCUCUUCUGUCUUGUCGAGUAUCUACCUCUCGCUCCUCUUAAAAUGAUACACUGUACUGUCUGUGUGUGUGUGUGUGUGUGUGUGUGUGUGUGAUGUCAUUCACUCGUCUGCCUCUGAUGUCAUCUUUGGUCAGGUGCAGACAGGUGGUAGAAGGUGGGUUGAUGUUAAUACAGAUGGAAGGAUCUGAUUGGCUCUCGACUGUCAGCUGCGUCGUUUCCUGCUGAAGAUUCAAAUCUUUAAAAAAAAGUGCCAGAAAUACAGAGUUCGAUUUUUCCUCAACAGCUGUCGACUUUGUCGAGGAUCAUUUUUAUUAAUCAGCUUAAUCAACACACACACACACACACACACACACACACACUCUCACACUCAGACAUGUAGACUAAGCUGAGGCUCACACUGGAGGCUGCGCACGCACGCACACACACACGCACGCACACACACAGACCCCCCGCCCCCCACGAAACACUGGACGGACACACACACACACACACACACACACAGGUAUAAUCUCCUGCUGACCUUCACACACCUGAAACGUGACCACAUGAGUGACGCUCUUUGCUCUUCGUCGGCGCCAUGGGCUUCUAGAUGUUUUUAGGUGCUGAUACCGUAGCGACUAACCCCUCCCUCUUCUCACCUAGUGUUGCCUACCUCGCUAACCCCGCCUCUCGUACACACACCGUCACGGGAAAACUAAGCAAUAUCCUCAUUCCUGUGUUUCAGCAACGAGAAGCAGUUGUGACUCAGCGUUUAGUCUUAGAGUUCCACGUCUGGUGAUGUAGUGGAAAAAACUGGAGCUAAAAGUGGACAGCGAACGCACUGUGCUGGUCAUCUACGAUACAAAGAGAAACUUAACAAGAUGUUUACAGACGUCACGGUGACCUUCAGGAGUCUGUAAGAAGCACAUGUCACUGAAACAAUGAUCCGAAUUCUGAUUGGUCAGAGGAUUCAUCAGCUGAUUUUCAGAUAAUGAAACAGAUUUUUGUUGAACAAAUUAAAAGUUCAUUCUUAAAAUCUAAGUUCGUUUCCAUCAGUGACAUGAAUUAUAAAUUUUCCCUUAAGUUAAAGAUGCAUGUCGACAGCAACGUUCAGUCGACACAGGUUAAUGAUUACGUGGUCGUAACGUGAAACUCCUCCUCUUCCUCCUUCGCUAGCACUGUUAGUAUCUCUGCUACCUCUUCUUGUUUCACCUGCUCACCUGUUCACCUGCUCACCUGUUAGCUACCUCCUCUUCUAGAACUCUUCCUCCUUCUCUCUGCUACCUCUCUGCUCACCCCUUCACUACCUCUCCUUCACAUUUCCUCUUUUUGUUCCCGCCCACGUGACUGCGACAUCACUGACUGUUGUCAUUCAUGGCGCCCUCCCUCCACCCAUCAGGAUGGGCGCCCCCCCCCCCCCCCCCCCCCCCCCCCCCCCCCCCCCCCCCCCCCCCCCCCCACCACCCCCACAUAUUUACCAUCUUUAAUGAUAUGUUUUGUGUUGAUGUAUUUUUAAGGACGAGUUUUGUGUAGAUGGAAGUUUGUAGCAUCUGUUUUCAUUUUGUAUUUGGUCUGUUGGUACCUGGACCUGGACACUGUCGAAUAAAAUGUUUUAUAUGAA